AUGUUAUACACAGACCUCAGACUGAAGAUGAUGAUGCUGAUGUGGAUUACAGCGAUGCUUUUUAAUAAAAUUGCAGAUUCUACACAGAGCGAGGGCGUCAAUCAACCGAACCCAAUGAUCACUGCUGAUGUGGGUGAGAACGUGACUCUGCACUGCUUUCGACCGGGAGAGGAAAAUACCGAUUCCAUCGUCUGGUACAAACAAAAAGUCGGACAUGAACCUUGUGUAAUGGUCUCAGUUCACCGUGAACCCAGAUAUGAGAAAGAAUUCAAUCCACCAAAAUUCAGCAUUGAGAAAGAAAUAAAAGAAAAAGGCUUCCAUUUGAAAAUUGCCAACGUGGAACCAUCAGAUGAAGCCAUGUAUUACUGUGGAUUUAGAGACUUUUUAAUAAGGUUUGGAAAGGGAACAUUUUUAGCAGUGAAAGGUGAUGGAGAUGUAAAAGUGUCAGUGUUCCAGAGCGGCGUGUCGGACUCGGUUCCUGCAGGAGCGUCAGUGACUCUGCAGUGCUCGGUUCUCUCUGAGAGCAGAUCAGCAGAACUCCAAGUGCUCUGGUUCAGAGCUGCUCCACCACAAUCCCAUCCUCAAAUCAUUUACACUCAUCACAACAGCAGCCAUCAGUGUGAGAGCGGCUCUUCUACACACACCUGUGUGUACAACUUCUCCAAGAACAUCCUCAGCCUCAGUGAUACUGGAACUUACUACUGCGCUGUGGCCGUGUGUGGGAAGAUCAUUUUUGGGAAUGGGACACGAGUACAGUUGGAGAGAUCUGUGGAUCCUGUAGUGAUCUACCUCGCUGUAGCUUUGGGAGUGUGUGUGGUCGUGAUCUUUGCUUUGAUCUUUGUCAUAACCUGUGGACGGAGACACUUUGAACAACGCAGGGUGAGACGCAAACAAGGUUCUGUGACGGACAAGACCCUCAAUCAGGACUGUGACAGUGUGGAGCUGAAUUACGCUGCCUUACAUUUCAAUGAGAGGACAGCCAAAAGAGGACGAGUGAAGAAACAACAACCUCAAGAUGUUAUAUAUUCUGAUAUGCGACGUCCUUCUGUAACUUAGAUUUGAUCUCUAAUCUGAUUCAGUGUCAUUAGUGCUGUUAUCAGUUUUCAUUUGUACUGUAGAUAUGUUUUUGUUAAUGAUUGUUAAAGUGAAAUCUGAAUGAUCUAGAAGUCUCUAAAUCGCUGAAACACUGGAACACUGGAGUGUGAAGGCGUGCCAUGAGAAAGCAGGUUAAGACAGUGUUAAGAGUGUGGAAACAAUAAAAAGCAUAAAAUUACCCUCCUCUCAUGCUGUCUUGUGAAGAUUAGUAUCACAACGUUAGAAGCAUCCAUUCAUCAACCAUCCUGAGUAAAAGUAGCUAAGGUUAGAGUGACUCUCGCAUGUAAAGUAGGAAUGUACAGUGCCCUCCACUAAUAUUGGCACCCUUGGUAAAUAUGAACAAAAAAGGCUGUGAAAAUUUGUCUUUAUUGUUUAAUCUUUUGAUCUUUUGUUUAAAAAAUUCACAAAAAUACUCUGCUCUCAUGCAUAUCAAGCAAUUGGAAGCACAACACAUGUUUAUCAAAAAAAAUCUUUGUUAAAAAUAGGUGUGCAACAAUUAUUGGCACCCUUAUAGUCAAUACUUUGUGCUACCUCCCUUUGCCAAGAUAACAGGUCUGAGUCUUCUCCUAUAAUGCCUGAUGAGGUUGGAGAAUACAUGGUGAGGGAUCUGAGACCGUUCCUCCAUACAGAACCUCUCCAGAUCCUUCUCAUUUCAAGGUCCACGCUGGUGGACUCUCCUCUUCAGUUCACCCCACAGGUUUUCUAUGGGGUUCGAGUCAGGGGACUGGGAGGGUCAUGGCAGGACCUUGAUUUUGUAGUCAGUAAAGAAUUUUUGUGUUGAUGUUGAUGUAUGUUUUGGAUCAUUGUCCUGCUAGAAGAUCCAACCACGGCCCAUUUUAAGCUUUCUGCCACACUGUAAAUCCUAAUAUCUUUACUUAAACACUCAAGUAAUCAUGACUAAACAUUACUUAAAAUGUUGCAUUUUGGACACCUAAAUCAAAAAUCUAUGUUUGUUUAAAUUAUUUACCUACAAAAC